AUGCAUUUUAUGGCAGGCCCUACACACAGCCGGAGUCUGGGGACCCUGGGCCUCCACAGCACCCCCCAAGCUCUGCACAUGGUCCUCUUAACGGUGCUGGUCGUGAUGAGCUUGGUGUUUGGUAAAACUGAUCCUGUCAAUCAAGAGCCCCCUCAUCCAGCUGAGUUCCCCAAAUACCUGCGCUGCUAUCGGUGUCUCUUGGAGACCAAGGAGCUGGGGUGCCUGCUGGGAUCUGACAUCUGCCUGGCCUCUCCUGGCAGCAGCUGUAUGACUCUCUUCAUCAAGAACAGUAGUGGGUCUGACAUCAUGGUGAGUGACUGUCGCCGCAAGGAGCAGAUGAGUGACUGCUCACACACCCGCACUUCCCCGGUGUUUGGCUUCUGGAUGUUCUCGCGAUGCUGUUUCCGGGAUCUCUGCAACAACCCACAGAACAGAGCGCUCUACCUCCCAUAGAACUCCUGCAGAGGCCUUGGCAGUGAAAUGCUGCCGGUGUCCAGCCAGCUCCCUGGUUCCCACCUGGGCGCAGCCAGGACAACUUCCAGCCCCUCCCAGCAGCCGCCCCACCUCCCCAGGUUACCUGACUCAGCUCUAGUUGCCUCUUGCUUGCCACCCCUCAACACCCCCAUUCACACUCUGCCCCUCCACAAACUCCCUCUCCAGACAUCUCUGGAGUUUUCCCUGUAAGUCCUCACAGUCCGACAGCUUCCCUCGCCUCUCCUCCCACCUGUAGGCUGCCUCUCCUCUGCUCUGGCCUUCUCCCUUCCUCCCACCAAGGUGUUC